GCGACAGUGUCGUUUUUCCCCCAAGAUGACUGCUAAGCCUGCCUCGCAAAUAGGAAGAAUCAGCGCUGCGCCUCCACGAUCCCGGAAUCUUGGGGCCGUCAUUUCCGCUGAAGGCGAUCAGAAUACGACACACCACCAUGUAACUGGUAUAACGCGUCCUCAGCUGAGCAGACCGCAGCCGCCGCAAUGUGAUGCGGACGGCGGAAAGCCCCGCAGCUUGCUUCCUCAGCCUGGUCAGCACAGGUACAAUACGCGUUCGAGUAUCCUUCCAGAACCUUCUGGUCUGGAUUCGAAUGCGGUGAAUACGGGAAACACGUCAAGUGACGCCCAGGCACCGCCAAACGCUGCAUCCCCGGCGCAAGAAGGACACGCUCCAGCCCCGGCGACUGGGCGGCCUCGUCUACGAUCAAUGUACCAAAAUGGCACCCCUUCGACUCAACUGGCUGCUCCCAACGACAAGGCCGGAUCACGCUCUAUGCGUCCGCCCGCUGCAGUAAGCAAGCCCGCUGAGCCCCCAAAGGUCGGGCUGGGUCGAUCUCAAUCGCUGCGGAAGCCAGCGUCGACAUCCCAGACUGCUCAGCCAUCAAGACUGGGUGGUCACGCUCGCACACAGUCGACUAGCACUAUAUCAGCCGCACGACGGGAUCCUGCCAAAUCUAACCUGGACCGCCCAAAAUCCCUGUUGGCAGCGCCAGGCCGUGGCUCAAAGGCCAGCACUGCAUUUGCAGAUGCACUACCCAGCACAGCCAAAACCUCAGCCAGAACUACAGGGUUGGGACGCGCAAUAAGUACUAGAGCAAGGCCAGAGGCAUUAGCUGGCGCCACGGGCAGUGCUGCGCGGAAAGAGUCUGCAGUAGAGGAACCCAAAAAGACCAGCCGACCAGCUUUCAGCACUCUUCAGCAACACUUUACACCACGGAAAACGGGCAAAGCCCCUACCUCGACGUUCAUCAACCCCGCUCCCCAGCCUGCAUCCCAUUCGAUUCCUCCAGAGAUAGCCUCUCUCCAGUCGGAACUACUGCAACUCCAUCUCUUGCAUCAGACUUCUGCACAUGUAAGCCGGCAUUGGGAGCAGAGCGCAAAGCGUGCUUUACACACAAAGUUCAACGAGGUGGCCAGUUUAUAUCAGGUCAUGCUCGAAAAUGAGCGCGCUGGCCAAGAACAAAAGAACCUCCAAUCGUUGCUUGAAUGGAGCACUGGCGACUCGACUGCAGGCCUGGUCGAACAUGUUCAAAUUCUCUCGGAGCCGCUCCACGAGCUUCCUUCGUUAGUUGAGCCAGGUGGACGUUUACAGCGUCUUGUGGUAGAUUUCGAGCAAUGGAUGCAGUGGGUUCAGGAAAUACGGUCCGUUCGGAGUGGCCAUGCUGGGGGAAACGCGGCCCUUGGAACUAUCGAGGGCCUGGGAGAUUCUUGGGAGGCCGAGACGGCGGCGCUGAUGCGAAAGUUGACGGUGUUUGCUCGCGAUUUGGAAAGGCUGGCGCCUCCGACGCCCGGUUCCAGCAUUGCAUCCAUGGUCGAUGCAUGCACGUCCAUCUUGCAGGGAAUUCUGGAUGAGCUGCAGACGAUGCAGAAGAUUGAAAGGGAGGUGGUUGCGAGGGAGAAGCUUUGGGUUGAAGAUCGUCUUCGAGUGAUCGCGCGGGAUGUUGGGAUGCACGUAAUAGAUGGUGGAGGUGACACGGCGGCUUGGCGCGAGUAG